AUGCUCUUCUUCCGUUCCAUACUCCUUUCCCUCCCCCUGUUCAUUCUAGUAGCAGCCACUGCGUCGAACUCAUCAUCUUCUGUAACCUGGGAUAAGUACAGCUUAUCGAUAAAUGAUGAGAGACUGUUCGUCUUUUCAGGUGAAUUUCACUAUCUGCGUCUCCCAGUCCCCGAACUAUGGCUGGACGUAUUCCAGAAGCUGAGAGCUAAUGGCUUCAAUGCCGCCUCAGUGUAUUUCUUCUGGAACUUCCAUAGUGCCUCUGAAGGAGUAUUUGAUUUUGAGACCGGAGCCCACGACGUCCAGCGUCUUUUCGACUAUGCAAAGGAGGCGGGCAUCUAUAUCAUUGCCAGGCCUGGACCAUAUGCCAACGGUGAGUUGACUGCGGGGGGGUUUGCUCUCUGGGCAUCCAAUGGUCAGAUGGGAGAAGAACGAACAAGUGAUCCGCAGUACUAUAAGUAUUGGGUCCCGUGGAUGCAAGAGAUUGGCAAAAUCCUUGCGGCCAACCAGAUCACUGAGGGAGGCCCGGUGAUCUUGGUUCAACACGAAAAUGAACUUCAAGAAACUCUCCACAGCCCGAACAACACUCUGGUGAUAUACAUGGAGCAGGUCUCGAAAGUCCUGGCCGAUGCUGGCAUUGUCGUCCCAAGCACCAGUAACGAAAAGGGUAUGCGCGAUGAGAGCUGGUCAACGGAUUACGAGGAUGUCGGUGGUGCAGUCAAUAUCUACGGCCUCGAUAGUUACCCCGGUGGAUUGUCCUGCACGAAUCCUGACUCAGGUUUCACUCUCGUUCGCACGUACUACGAAUGGUUCCAAAACUAUUCUUUUACUCAACCCGAGUUCGUGCCAGAAUUUGAAGGCGGCUACUUUACGCCUUGGGGGGGAGUGUUUUACGACGACUGUGCCUCAAUGCUCCUUCCGGAGUACCCAGAUGUCUUCUAUAAGAAUAAUAUAGGAUCUCGAAUAACUCUACAGAGCUUGUAUAUGACUUAUGGAGGAACAAACUGGGGUCACAUUGCUGCACCAGUGGUAUAUACAUCGUACGACUACGACGCGCCGCUGAGAGAAACUCGUCAAAUUCGCGAUAAACUGAAACAAACUAAGCUCAUUGGUUUAUUUACUCGAGUUUCUUCGGAUCUUCUACAAGCUGAUAUGACAUGGAAUGGUACCGGAUACACGAACGACACAGGUAUCUUCACAUGGGCGUUAAGAAACCCGCAGACAAAUGCUGGGUUUUACAUUGUGGCUCAAGAUGAUAGCUCUUCGAAGGCAGAUGUUGUUUUCGAUCUCGAAGUUGAGACUUCUGCAGGUGCUAUGAAUAUUUCGAGUAUCGAGCUAGAUGGUCGCCAAAGCAAGAUUAUCACCACGGAUUACACUGUUGGGAACACCACGCUACUCUACUGUUCCUCAGAUAUACUUACUUACGCUACUCUGGAUGUUGACGUCCUAGCACUAUAUCUGAACGCAGGUCAAACCGGAGCUUUUGUUUUAGCCAACACCUCUUCCGCCAACUUGACAUUCAGUGUAUAUGGUAAUUCAACGGUGACUACUUCCCAGGCCAGUUAUGGAACAGUUUACACGUAUAUACAGGCACACGGGAUAUCGGUCAUACAGUUCUCUAAUGGGUUUCUGGUGUAUCUUCUUGAUAAGUUUACGGCAUGGGACUCCUUUGCGCCGGCUUUGGUAUCCAGUCCAAUAGUGAAACCAGACCAGCAUAUACUUGUACUAGGGCCAUAUCUUGUGCGAGGGGCUUCAUUCAAUGGCGACACACUUGAGCUUAUCGGUGACACUGAGAACACUACUUCUAUUGAAAUAUAUCAUGGAAAUCCAUCCAUUACCACUGUGACGUGGAACAACGAGACAAUCGUCACCAAACGCACAGCAUAUGGUAGCCUUAUUGGCACAAUCCCCGGCCCAGAAGGAAUCAUAAUAUCUCUCCCCAAGCUGAACUCCUGGAAAUCACACGAUACAAUUCCGGAGAGUGCCUCGGACUAUGACGACUCACGCUGGGUUGUUUGCGACAAAAACGCCACAGUCAAUGCUAUUGCACCUCUGUCUCUACCGGUUCUAUACUCAGGAGACUACGGGUAUCAUCCCGGGCCCAAACUCUACCGCGGACGCUUUGGCAACAUCAAUGCCACCGGAGUGAAUGUUACGGCUCAAAACGGCUAUGCAGCAGGAUGGUCAGCAUGGCUGAAUGGCGGAUAUGUUGGAGGAUCUACCGGUGAUGUGAGCAUCGAAGCAACCAAUGCUUUCCUUGAAUUUAAUUCAAGCGUUCUCAAGCAGGACAACACUGAAAACGUUCUCUCCAUCCUUGUCGACUAUACUGGCCAUGAUGAAGCCAACGUCGGGCCUGAGGGAACUCAGAAUCCACGAGGUUUAUUAGGUGUGAUUCUCCAAAGCUCAUCAUCAACAACGGAGAAUUUCACGUCAUGGAAAAUCCAAGGAAAUGCUGGUGGUGAGAAAAAUAUCGACCCUCUUCGCGGGCCUAUGAACGAAGGAGGGUUAUACGGCGAGCGAAUGGGCUGGCAUCUUCCAGGUUUCGAUAUAGAAUCCUCCCCAUCUGGCUGGGACACCAAAGCUCCUUCUCACGGCGUAGAUGGUGGUUCAGGCAGAUUCUACAUAACGGAGUUUACAUUAGAUCUUGGAGAGAAUAGUCAUACUCUCGACGUACCGAUUGGAAUCCAACUUAAUGCGUCGUCGACCUCCGGCCCGGCAGUGGUAUAUGUGUGGCUCAACGGAUACAAAUUCGCGCAUUAUCUCCCACACAUCGGUCCACAGACAGUAUUUCCGUUUCAACCUGGUAUACUCAACAUACAAGGAAGUGAUAAGGAGAAUGGCAUAAAUACAAACACGCUUUCUUUGAGUUUAUGGGCUUUGACAGACCAGCCUGCUUCGCUGGACGUGGUUGAACUUGUCAUGUACGGGAAGUACACAUCUUCAUUCGAUUUUGGGCGAGAUUGGAGCUAUUUACAACCAGGGUGGACAAAUAGAAGUCAAUAUACUUGA